AUGAAGGUGAAACUGAUUCGAGAGAGGAUGAAAGCUUCGCAAACUAGGAAACAAAGUUACCAUGAUAAGCGAAUAAAGGAUUUGGAGUUUCAAAUAUCAGACAGAGUUGGGAAUGUGGCGUAUAGCGUGGCGUUACCGCCUAAUCUUUCGAAUUUGCGCGAUGUAUUCCAUGUAUCACAACCUCGAAAGUAUAUUUUUGAUUCGUCCCAUGUGAUUCAUAUGGAUGAUGUGCAAGUACGGGAUAAUAUCACGGUAGAGACAAUGCCGGUACGAAUUGAGGAUCAUGAAAACCAGACGCUUAGAGGUAAGGAAAUUGUGUUGGUGAAAGUAGAAUGGUCGGGAGCUGCUAGAGAGAGCAUGACUUGGGAAUUGGAAGGUAAGAUGCGGAAAUCCUAUCCCGAGUUAUUUGGAUCAGGUAAAUUUUCGAGGAAGAAAAUAUUAUAA